CCGCGGGGGCACGGUGAUUGGCCGGCGGGGCGGGGGCCGCGCGCUGAUUGGCUGUCGCGCGGAGGGGGCUCUGCCGGGCCGUGGCCCCCGCGCGGAGCGAUCGCGGGAGGAGGAGAAGGGGGGGCAAAGAGAGAGACCCCCCGGGACCCCCCGGGACCCCCCGGUUUUCCUGGCACAGCGUUUCCUGGUUCUGGCCACAGAGCAAAGCAGGGAAGUGAAACUGGGCUGGAAUCCCUCGGAUCCCCCGGAAUUCCCAACUCCAGACUUGCUUUUUGGGGAUGAAGGAGUUUUAACUGGGAAAAGCUGAAGGCAGGAGUUUAAUCCCUUCUUUUUGGGACUCUUUCCAGAAAUUCCGCCUGGAGCUGGACAGACCCUCCCCCAGGAAGGAGCUGCUCCUCCUGUCCUUCAUUCCCAGCAGCUCCAGGCCCCCGGACUGGGAAUUUUCCUCCCCAGUCCCCAAAAGCGCUCGGAAUUCCCGUCCUUCCUCCCCUUUCUGGGGCCAAAUUUGGAGCUGGAAAUGUCUAAAAAGCAGAACACGAAAGAUCCCUCGGGAUUUAUCUUUGAUGUUCAGUCCAACACUGUGAUGGCCCAGGGAGGGACCUUUGAGAACAUGAAGGAAAAGAUCGGAGCUGUCCGAGCGAUCGUUCCCAACAGGAGCAACAACGAGAUCGUCCUGGUCCUGCAGCACUUUGACAACUGUGUGGACAAAACAGUCCAGGCCUUCAUGGAAGGGAAUGCCAGUGAGGUGCUGAAGGAAUGGACUGUGACAGGCAAAAAAAAGAACAAAAAGAAGAAACCCAAACCCAAACUUCCCAGUGGCUCCAGCUCUGCCCUCCCAGCCCCUGGAAAACCAGUUCCUCCUGGAGAGGAGACCCCGGGAAACUGGGAGAAGGGGGGGAUGAACGGAUUCCACGUGAACGGCUGCGCCCAGGACACGGAAUCCGUGGAUUCCCUGAGCGAGGGCCUGGAUGGGAUGUCGAUGGAUGGCAGGGAAGUGGAUGCAGAGCCCGGCCUAAGGAAUGGAUUGUCUGGCCCUGACCCCCCAAGGCUCCCCAUCCCCCCCCCCAGGGCUCUGCCCACCCCCCACUCCGACCCCCGGGAAGAGGCUCCGGUGUCACCCCCCGGCAGGAAAAUGGGGUCGAACAUCGAGAAGUCUGUGAAGGACCUGCAGCGCUGCUCCGUGUCCCUGGCGCGGUACCGGGCCCUGCUCAAGGAGGAGAUGGACACGUCCAUCAGGAAGAUGAAGCAGGUCUUUGCCGAGCUCCAGAGCAGCCUCAUGGACCGAGAAGUGGCUUUGCUGGCCGAGAUGGACAAAGUGAAGGCAGAAGCAAUGGAGAUCCUGGUGGGGAGGCAGAGGAGGGCGGAGGCCCUGCGGAAACUCACGGACGGGGCCGCGCGGAUGUCGGAGGAGCAGCUGCUGGAGCUCAGGGCUGACAUCAAGCACUUUGUGAGCGAGCGCAAGUACGACGAGGAGCUGGGCAGGGCCGGCAGGUUCACCUGCGACCUGGAGGGGCUCAAGAGGAGCAUCACCUGCUUCGGCCAAGUGUCCCACCCCAAGACCAGCUAUUCCAGCCGCUCCCGCUGCAGCUCCGGCCCCCCCGGGGCCCCCCCGGGCCCCCCCAGUGCCUCCCCCACCCCCAGCACGGCCGGGAAAGCCCCGGGACCCCCCGAGGGGGCUCUGGGGGACACGGGGGGGGGACGGCCCCGACCCCCCCGAGAGCCUUCCCAGCGGAUCCGGAGGGCGGAAGGAGGACCCCGAGCCCCGACCCCGCGGCACAACGGCCCCCCCGAGCCCCCCAACAGCGGGACCCGGCCCGGCCCCCGCAACCCUCCGACCCCGGGCCCCCCCCCAGCCCCCCGGGGGGGGCUCCCCCCACGGAGACCCCGCAAGAGCCACCCCAAGGGAGCGAAUUCCUGAGGAAAACUCUGGGAUCCUGACAGGGGUCCCAGCCACGUUUACAAUUCCCGUUCUGUGCCAUUUCCCCUCCUUUUUACCCCUUUCUCCCCCCCAUCCUGGUCUGUUCCGUGUUGUCCCAUCGGGAUUUGGGGGCUCAGGACCCCCCCAGUGCUGCCAUCGCCCCCCCCCUUCUCCUUCUUCUCCAUCCCAAAAAUCCCUCGCGCUGGAAGCGAGGAGGAGCGGGGGGGAGGAGGGGCCUCUGACCCCCCCAGGAUCUGGAAUGUUCUCCUCUGGGAACUGGGGAGUCCCCUCUGUCUCCCCCAAAUCUGGGAUGUCCCCUGAGGCCCUCUGGGAUCUGAGGUGUCCCCUCUGUGUCCCCCCAGGAUCUGGAAUGUUCCCUGUGGGAUCUGGGGUGUCCCCUCUGACCUCUCUGUGUGCGCUGGGAUUGGGGGGGUCCCCUCAGCUGCACAUUUCAGCUUUUUCCCUGGAUUUUCUUUGGGGAAUUUCUUUCAUUCCCAUCCCAGUUCCUGCCUCUCCCCCCCCCAAAAUCCCCUUCACAGCAACACCCAGGAGCAAAUCCCAGACAUUCCUGGGAACAAGGACAGUAAAUCCAAAUGGGGGAGGGCUGGGGGGGGGGGGUCCCCAACUUUUCUGCCCCCCUCCUUUUUUCCAUGGUUUUUUUCCAAGUUUGAUUUUUUUUGUUGUUUUUUUUCCUUCUCUUUAAUUAAUUACAACUUCAGAACAAAUCAAUGAAAUGUU